UUGUUUGCGGCAAUGGCGUUUUCCGAUUUAGCAUUCCUGGCGAUUCAAUUUCAAACCUAUCUCUAUACGUCGGGAUUUCUUUGCAAUUCAAUGAGAGUACUCUUUAUCAAGUACAACACUCAACUGGUGGCCAUUGCUAACUGGUUCAGUGCGUUAUCGAUAUGGAUCAUGCUGGCCGUAACAAUCGAACGGUUGGCCGUGAUCAGGCAUCCAUUCAAAGCUAACCAAAAAGUUGUCACAUCGAAAUUUUUGCUCGUACUAUCGAUGAUUGUCAUUUGUUCGUUUGCGGUCACAUUCGUUCAUCACAUUGCAUUCAAGAAGGUUUUUAUCAACGGCCGAAUGCACAUGCAAAUGAUAAAACAUCCAGUAAUCUCCGCAUGGACAUUGAUUCAAGCAUUGACUGUGGUCAUUAUACCGUGCAUUCUGAUGGCAAUUCUCAAUAUUCUUCUCAUACUCUCACUCAAAAAACACACAUUCCCCUCCGAUAUGCUCACUGUUCAACAACGAAAAGACAAUCAUCAAAUAUUGAUCACGAAGUCAAAAACCGAAAAAAAGGUGACAAUAAUGGUCGUGGUGAUUUUAACAAGUUUUACGUUGUGCAAUAUGCCAGGAGCGAUUAUGUAUAUUUUGGUACAAUUCACAAACGAGCAGCCAACAGCGUUUCACAAAGCUGUCGCAAAUUGUCUUGCGAUAACGGGAAAGAUGCUGAAUUUUGUCAUCUUCUGUAUGUCGUCAUCACAUUUUCGCAAGAAUCUUCUCAAACGUCUUAACAGCUGUUUGCUUGGACUACGGCGCCGAUCGAGUAUGCGUUCAGGAGGUACGUCAUUUUCAACAAUAACUCAUUGCAAUAGCCAACAUGAGAAAUCGCCUUUGGCAAAGCAGUCAAAUAAGAAUCCGUUCACGCGUAAUGGUUUAGGUACUACUUACAGUGAGUUCACGCUGAGCAGUUGCGAUACGAACUGCGCAACAUUUCGAACGAUGUCGAUGCGACUCACCGAAUGCGCUCAACGUCGUCACAAAAAGAAGGCACCGCUUCCCAUGAAGACACUGAGAACCGUUAAAAUUGAGCUGGCUUGA